UUAUAUUAUCAGCUUCAGUCUGGCUAUGAGGCGUAACCAAGAUCGACAACAAAAUACUCCACCUUCGUCAUCUUCUUCCCUCUAUUUGAAACCUCAAUAUCUGCAGGACAGAGACAGUGGUUAUACUGAAGCUGAUUCUGACCUUGAUUCACACUAUCCUUCUACUAUUGCACGUGGUGUUUACCCCUUUAGUGAUGAUGAAGAACCUUCCAAACAAAGCAGCUGGUCCAUGACAACUUCAGCUAUUACGAAACCAAUUCAAUCAUUAUCUUCAACUUCUUUUAACGCGCAUUCAUCCAUGGCAGGUUCCUUGGUCAAUUCUUCAAGUUAUCACAUGUAUCAAGCUGAUAUGGCUAUUGACUCUGUUCGACAAUUAGCUCGUGAACACGAAUGGAAAAAAGUACUAAAACAUAAAAGCGGUGUUAUCGUUUAUAUGAUCCAAAAACAAGUCAAUGGUGAUAAAAUGGCGGUCUUCAAAGGAGAAUUGGUUAUACAUGGUUUUACUCCUCAAUCAGUCUUUUAUGUCAUUGGUAUGAGAAAGCUAUGGGAUGAACAGUUUGAAGAUGGUAAUUUGGUAGAAAAUUUGAAUGAAACGACAUCGAUCACAUACGAAACUUACCGAUCAAAUGGAACAUCAAGGGCAUAUGAUUUGACAUUGGUAGAAAAGAUAGAUUGUUCAAAUGACGGUGUGAUUAUAUUUGCAUGUACAAGUGUAGAUACUGAUAAAGUACCAAAAGCAUCUGGAAAAACAAGAAACGAAAUCAAAUUACACGGAUGGAUAUUGAAGUUACUACCAACAACACCGCCAUCAACCCAUGUGACAUUUAUUACUGAAGAAUACAUACGAGGCUGGAUCCCCGGAUUGACAAAAAAAUCACUUGCUAGAAAACCAUUGGUGAUUGCCUCUAUUGAUAAUUAUUUGCAAAACAAGGCACAAGGAAAGAAGGCUACCAAUCAGGAACAACAACCAAAACCAACAAACAAAUUACUCAGUCCAUUAUCAGCAUAUACUAAACGACGACCUUCAAUCAUGACUUCACAGACAUCAGUCACGCCAACACGUUCGUUAUCCGUCAAUUCAUCUAUCCUGACUAAUCCUCCACCAAGAUGUUCUUCAUUGAAUCCACCACAAACGACUUCACGAUCUUCAUCAUUGACAAAGCGAAUUACUUUUGCAGACGACGUUAUUAUACCUCCUUCAACAAUGGAAGAGAAAAGUAUACCUGCCACAUCAUCCGAUGACAACAAUCAUAUAUCUAAUCUGAAACUAUCAUCUCUGGAAACUGGUAAACUCUAUCCACCAGCACGACAUCGGUCGAUUCGAAAAGAAAGCAUCAACAACUACAAACGUUUAUUUUCAAGCGAUAUGGAUGAAUGGAAAAAUAUUGGUGAAAGGGAAGGUGUCAAACUGUAUUCAAAGGCGUCUCAAGGUUAUGCUCUCCCGAUUUUACGAGGCGAUGGCUGGCUUGAAGGUUCAUGGACGACAGAACAAUUAUGUUCAGUGGUUCAGUGUUUUGGUGCAAGGACAAAAUGGGACGAUUAUUUUCAGGAUGGACAUGUAGUGGAAAGAUUCUCUCAGAAGGAAUAUCUUGUAUAUACGCAAAUGAGAAGUAUCUUCCCUAUUCACAGUCGAGAUUUUUCAGUACUGACUCAAAUUGAAAGCGAUGCAAGAUCCGGCGUUAUUCAUGUGAUCUCAGCAAGUGUAUCUGACAGUCUUACUCCUGAAACUGAUGCUCAUAUACGUGGACAAAUACUUAUACAUGGAUGGACAUUUCAAACUACCAAGAAUGAACAAGGAAAACGAACGGGAGUGAAUAUCACUUUUAUCUCUCAUAUGGAUUUAGCAGGUGUUACACCAUUACCAUCGGCAAUCAUUCGACUUUUGACUACGGAAGUUCCAUUAUGUGUAUUACGGGUGCAAUCUUAUAUCACUACGUUUGGUUGUCCUCCUUAUAUCCGACGGGUGGCUGGAAAGAUUGUGAAUGAAUAUUAUGAUACGGAUACCAAGGAAUACAAGGUUUCUUAUAUUGCAAAACAUCAUCCUUCAAGACAGCAUCUUCACAAUAAACAAGCUUGGUGCACAGAUAUUCGAACGCACUCAAGUGUAUACGGAAAGUCAAUUACAGUAUCAACUCAACCUCAACAGGAUGUAAAGGUUGUUCUCCAACCAGAUAAUGCAGGCGUUCGCAUCUACACGGAAAAAGACACUUUGGAUGGUACUAUUAUUGAAGUUAUUAUUACUCCUUCAUCAGCAAAGGAUGGUGACACAAAAUCAUCAGCAAAUGAAAUAGACAACACACUAUCAUCAACUGUUAGAACUAAAACGGAGGCGACAGAUAUACUUACAUCACCAACAUCUUCACCUUUGAUAAGUGAUACCGUGCCUUCAUCAAAGAUACCAUCUUCAUCAAAAUCAUCAUCAUUAACAUCAUCAUUAUCUUCGUCAUCAACGGCAUUAUCAUCAUCAUUAGCAUCAACAGCAUCAUCAUCAGCUAUUAUGGCUUUACAUGAAAAAAAUCAAGAUCUUUAUGGGAGACUGGAAUCAUUAGUAACACCAUCAGUCAUCCACCCAUUAAAACAAGAAAGUGAUCAAGCAUUUCAAGACACGAAACAAAAUAAUGAACAAUUCAUACCUAGUAAUAUACAACAACCGGAAUUCUCACAUGACUUUAGACAGAAACAACGAAACAAUAGUAUCAUUAUUAUUGGUGAUCAAUUAUCAUUCAAUGGACCACAAUUAUCUGUCAUAUUUUUAUUAAUGGUGUUAUGUUAUUAUAUUGGAAAACUUUCUUGUCGUUGUGGAUAAUUCAAUUAUAGAUUUUUAAUAAUAGAUUAUUCUUCAUUUACUUUUUUGUUAUUAUUAGCGUAGCAUUGUUAUCAAAAUAAAACAUGAUUUGUAUUCAUUGCCAAAAUGAAGCCGAAAAUCCAUCAAUUCUUUUUUUGUCGCUGUGCAACAAAAAGGUGCAUAGCAGGUAAUAAAUUUUG